AUGAGUUCCCUGUACUCCAUAUCCGUCAAACUGUCGGCUCUUAAUGUAUCCAACGUUUGGUUCAGUUGUUUGGCUUUUGACUCAACCGAACAGCAUAUCAGACACGAAAUGAUUAGUUCAGCCAAACAGGACACACAUUCAACCGAAAACUGUGAUCAUUAUGUUUACGAUAAAAGAGAGUUUCAUUCAACAAUUGUUACAGAAUGGGACAUUGUUUGCGACAAUUCAUGGAAACUACCGCUUAGUCAGUCCGGUCUAAUGAUUGGUGUACUGUUAGGAAACCUAAUUUUUGGCCUAUUAUCGGACAGAUAUGGUCGAAAGGCUCCGUUCACUAUUGCACCGGUUAUUUGUUUGAUAACCACAAUUGCAAUAGCAUUUUCACCCAAUCUAAUAGUGUUUACUAUAUUGACGGCACUGACCGCCCUGAGCGCGUCUGGCAUGAGUCAGUCAGCAUUUAUUAUUGGUGUUGAACUUAUUGGCGACAAAUAUCGUGUACUUUGUGUAAACUUUCAACAAGUAAUCUAUUCAACGGGAACUAUACUAUUAUGUCUGACCGCUUAUUAUGUCCGCCAGUGGCGUGACCUACAAUUUAUGAUUGCAAUACCUGCUGCCCUAUUAUUGCCCUUAAUAUGGCUAUUCCCCGAAUCGUUUCGAUGGCAGCUAUCAAACGGCAAAGUUGACAGUGCAUUGAAUGUAUUGAGAAGGGCUGCCCAUUGGAAUGGUAUUCAAUUAAAUGAAUCUGAAUUUUGUGAUUCUAAAAUACUAAACGAUUCAACCGAUUUCUCACAAAAAUCGUGUGACAUUCAAACCUAUGGCCCAUUUUGUAUGUUUACAAACAAAACGGUCCGCUUUUGGACAUUUAGCUUAUUAUUUAUUUGGGUUAUCGUCUCAAUGAUAUACUAUGGACUGUCGUUUCAAUCGCAAAAUCUGGGCACCAAUACCUAUCUAACACUGGCCGCCAUAGCAGCCAUCGACAUACCGGCCAAUAUUAUGGUAACAGUAAUGCUUAACUAUUUUGGUCGGAAAAAAGUAUUAUUUUUGCUAUCAUUGAUGGCGGGUGUGUCGUGUUUGACUGCUGUAGUCAUACCGCACGACAGCCAACUGGUCACACUGGUAGCUAUUUUAGGUAAAUGUAUGAUCUCGGCUUCCUAUACACUGUUGUAUAUAUAUACGGCUGAGAUCUAUCCGACGCCAAUCAGGAGUACAUCAGUCGGCGUUUUUCAAACAUUUUCAAGGAUUGGUGGUAUCAUAGCUCCACAUCUCAUUGAACUUUCAUCGUUUGGCCAAAACAUGCCACUAAUAGCCUGCGGACUAUUGGCACUCGGAUGCUGUUUGUUGGCCAUGAAUCUACCGGAAACUCAUAACAGACAACUUCCCGAAACAUUUGAAGAUACGGCUGACUUACGUAAACAACAACAGAUAACUAUUACUAAUGAUUGCGAAAAAAGUCAUUUAAUACCAACUGAUAAUAAAAAUCAAUUUUAUGGAUAA